AUGCUUACAGUAGGGAUUCCUGCCGUGCGAGCUGCAGCCAGUGUCCAGUACCGCGGCGUGCUAGGCACCAUCCUGACCAUGGCGCGCACCGAGGGUCCCCGCAGCCUCUACAAUGGGCUAGUCGCCGGCCUGCAGCGCCAGAUGAGCUUUGCAUCUGUCCGCAUCGGCCUCUAUGACUCUGUCAAGCAGUUCUACACCAAGGGCUCUGAGCAUGCCGGCAUCGGGAGCCGCCUCCUGGCAGGCAGCACCACGGGUGCCCUGGCUGUGGCUGUGGCCCAGCCCACGGAUGUGGUGAAGGUCCGGUUCCAGGCUCAGGCCAGGGCUGGAGGUGGCCAGAGAUACCAAAGUACUGUUGAUGCCUACAAGACCAUUGCCCGAGAGGAAGGGUUCCGGGGACUCUGGAAAGGGACCUCUCCCAAUAUUGCCCGUAAUGCAAUUGUGAACUGUACUGAAUUGGUGACCUACGACCUAAUCAAGGAUGCCCUCCUGAAGGCCAACCUCAUGACAGAUGACCUUCCUUGCCACUUCACUUCUGCCUUCGGGGCAGGUUUCUGCACCACCAUCAUUGCCUCCCCUGUCGACGUAGUCAAGACGAGAUACAUGAACUCUGCCCUUGGCCAGUACAGCAGCGCUGGCCACUGUGCCCUCACCAUGCUCCAGAAGGAGGGUCCCCGAGCCUUCUACAAAGGGUUCAUGCCCUCCUUCCUCCGUUUGGGUUCCUGGAACGUGGUGAUGUUCGUCACCUAUGAGCAGCUGAAACGGGCCCUCAUGGCUGCCUGCACUUCCCGGGAGGCUCCCUUUUGAGCCUCUCCUGCUGCCAACCUGACCACCUCUGGCUUGGCUUCAGCUCCAGCCAGGCCCUCCUUUCCUCUUCCCCCCCUCCCCUUCCCUCACUCCCCACCCUUUCCUUCUCCCUUCCCUCACCCUUCUCCCUUCCCUCCCCUCCCUCCCCACCCCUUCCUUCUCCCAUUUCUACCAUCUCCCUUCCCUCUCCCCACAUUUUUACCUCUCCUCCCUACCUCAUCCCCCCAUUGCCUCUCAGUCCUGGUGGAGUUGACCCCGGUUGACACUGUGGAGGCCUGUCACCAACCAGGAUCCCAAGCCCCUCAGUCCCUUGAAAACUUCAGCCCAUCUCUUUAUCUUGUUCCCAAGCGAAGUCAGCAUGUCACCCAUAAAACAAGCUCAAUCUUAAAAA